AUGGCAGCUGUUAUUCAGGAUCCUUCUCGCCAGAUUACGAAGCCGGAACUAGUAUUCAAAAUCGACGAACUCUCUUGUGGUGUAAAUGAUGCGAUCUUUAUUCCUGGUAGAGACUCUAUCGUCACAGGAUCAGAGGAUCGCACUUUGAGGGUUUGGGUCAGGAGAGAUACUGGGAAGUUCUGGCCAACAGUUAUCGAGCUGCUACCCAGUCCCAUUACCUGUAUCACGUAUUCUGCCGAAUUACACAGAUUAUUCGUUGGUUUGGAGAAUGGGACGGUUGUAGAAUAUGACGUUGCUGAAGAUUUGAAUCAUAUUGAACACAAAAGAGACUAUCUCUCUCAUACUGCUAGGACAACUGGGAUCGUUUGCACCCCAGAUAUGGGUUGGGUUGUAUCUGCUUCAAAAGAUCGUACUGUCGCAUGGUAUUCGACCAAUAGUGGUAGACGUAUAUGUGAACAUAAUUUAGAGCACUCAGCCACUUGUUUGGAAUAUGAUGUUGGCUCACACUACGUGUUUGUUGGUGAUAGCAGCGGUCGCAUUACUUUACUGAGCAUUAAUCAAGUCAAUGGUCAAGUAACGUGUCGUGUAAUUCGUGAACUCCGUGGUCAUGAGCAGUCAGUAUCCUUUCUGGCUUGGGAUAGUGUAAAUUCUCGUCUAUUUUCUUGCAGUGCCGACCGUUCUGUUAUCUUCUGGGAUAUUGGUGGAGCUAAAGGUUCAUCUUUUGAGUUGCAAGGGCAUUCCAAAGAAGUAUCGUCAAUAUGUUGGUGGAGUAUGGGUGCCUCUUCUGCAAACGUCAAGGACAGUAAGUACAAAGGACUACUUAUAUCCGGUGGUCUCGAUGGUUAUCUGAUUUUCUGGUUUAUGGACCCUUCACGCAUAGAAAGUCCUAACUGGUCAGAAUCAGAUAUCUGUCAUAUCUGUAGCGGGCCAUUUUUCUGGAAUGUCCGUAAAAUGUGGAACAACAUGUCGGUUGGUGUGCGCCAGCAUCACUGUCGUAGAUGUGGUCAUGCUGUUUGUGACAAAUGUUCUCCUUAUCGGUCUAAUCUACCGUGUAUGGGUUUUGAAAAAGAUGUUCGUAUAUGCAAUCAAUGCUUUCCUUUAAUAACUGAUUCAGACCGCAGGAGUUUGGCUAUUUCGUUUGACGCUCGCCAUCCUGUUACAUGUAUUCGUGUAGAGGAAUCCUUGAACUUACUUCUAACGGUUGGGAAAGAUCGGGUUAUCAAGGUGUGGGAUAUCAAGGCUUUUUCAUCAAAUCCACAUUCAUAA